CUACUAGAGUCUAGGGCUGCUACCUAUGUGAGGUACAGGAGGUGGCUCCUCGCCCCACCAGUAAAUCGACGAAGUGGGAGCUCCGAUUCAGGAACGUGGGGUUGUGGACUUGGGAUUAUUUUUUUGUUCAAAUUUGUUAAAAUAUUGUUCGUCAUCUUCCUAUUAAAGCAAAAAGCAAUAUCCAUUUUCAACCCACCAUAGGGACCACCAGCAAGUCAUCGCAAGCACAGUGUAUCGGUCCUGCAGGUAAAGCCAACAUUAAUAUAAUCAAUUGGCCCAUCUACCAUUCAAAGCCCACACACCACUUGCACCAUUCGUAUCCAUCCAAAAGCAAAAUUCAGUCAAUACCCCCGCGAGCUUGACAAUAUUCCCAGCCAUGGAUCUAGUUAACCACCUAGAAGGUCGGCUGCUGUUCGCCGUUCCCAAAAAGGGCCGAUUGAACCAAGCCGCUCUCAACUUAUUAGAAGGCGCGGACAUACAAUUUAGGCGAGAAAACAGGCUUGACAUAGCUCUAGUCAAGAACCUUCCCAUUGCUCUCAUCUUCCUCCCUGCCGCCGAUAUACCUACCUUUAUUGGAGAAGGUCAAGUCGACUUGGGUAUCACAGGAUGGGAUCAAGUUCAAGAGCACGAUGCCGGUCUUCGAGCUCUCCACCGAGCACGUCGAUUUUCUGGAGAGAUCACCCCGGAAGAGGAAACUGAGAAGGUUUCUCGAGGGUCAGGAUGCGAAACCAUUCUGGAUCUGGGAUUCGGUGGCUGCAAGCUACAGGUCCAGGUGCCCGAGAAGGGAAGCUAUAGCGAACCCAAAGACCUUAUUGGAAAGAACAUUGGUACCAGCUUCGUCCACUUGGCACGCAGAUAUUUUGCGAACCUCGAAUUAGAACAAGACGCAGCCAGAGAAACGCCAAUUGGCGCUCCAACUGGAUUCAAUGGCAAGCUGCGGACCAAGAUUGUUGAGCUAAGUGGCAGUGUCGAGGCAGCUUGCGCUCUAGGAGUAGCAGAUGGAAUUGUCGACCUCGUUGAAUCCGGUGAAACGAUGAAAGCGGCGGGGCUCAAGCCGAUCGAUACGGUUGUGGAGUCCACAGCGAUAUUGAUUAAAUCGCGAAAGCCUUCCAAUCCAGACCUUGUCGAUCUAAUAGCUGCCCGAAUCCGAGGUGUCAUCACAGCCCAACGAUACGUGUUGUGUCAAUACAACGUCGAAAGAACGGGCCUCGCAGCAGCCUCCAAGAUCGCGCCCGGAAAACGAGCACCGACGGUAACGUCUCUGGAGGAAGAAGGAUGGGUCGCUGUUAGCGUCAUGGUAGAGAAGAAGAAGAUCGCACCGAUAAUGGAUGAAUUGUCCAAGAUUGGGGCAACUGACAUCUUGGUAUUAGACAUUGCGAACACACGAAGCUAGGGAUAGAAUGCUAAAUAACGAAGAACCAACAUUGACCGCAUGCACACCUACCUAGGUUACAUAUAUCCAUAUCAUUUAUCUUUGUGAGGCAUACUGGGUAAUUACCACGUACCUAAUCUCUAAAAAAUAAUUACCCUAAACUAACAGCCCAUAAUGAGGCUGUCGGUAAGGGCGAUUUCACAUAGCUCAUUUAUCAUAUUGGAGUAUCAAGUUGAAUACGCGGAUACUAUGUACUAGUAGUACGCGGAUACGGUAAUUAGCUAGGACUGCCCUAGGAGUACUAUGUAUGAAAGCUUGAGUGCUCUAAAUUGGUAUUUAGCCUCGGGCCCUAAAAAGGAGAAGAAAGAAAAGAGGAAAAAAAAGAUGGAAAGUGUCAUGUACGAUACAUAGUAAAUCGGCAGAGAGUUACGCAAGCAGGAGCGGCGCGGGUCGGGCGGAGUAUAAUAGAGUGGUCGCGCCGCCGCGGGCUUAGGUGUGGACCAUGUAA